AUGCGGCUAUCAUUCGCGCUUUUGACGACCCUCUUGGUGGUCUCAUCCGAGAGCAAGUACAUUGUUCCCGGAGGUAGAUGGCAUGACACAAAUGGCUCAUUGAUCAACGCCCACGGGUCCGGAAUCACCUUCGACCAGAAAUCCGGCCGCUUCUGGUGGUUCGGCGAGUAUAAAACAAAAGAUCAACCGGAAGGCGGAGGCGUGUCCGUCUAUAGUUCUGAGGAUCUGAGUACCUGGACUUUUGGGGGACUGGCCUUAGCUCCAAUUGAGGGACACCAAUAUAUCUCGCCCAGUAACAUUAUUCAGCGACCUAAAGUGGCCUACAGUUCGGAGACUGAGGACUAUCAUAUGUGGUGGCAUGCCGACAAUUCCAAAUACGGCCUUCUUCUGCAAGGCCAUGCGGUAUCCUCUAGGAUCGGUGGGCCAUACACCUUCGUCGACGCAACUGCGCCUCUUGGAAACUGGUCCCAGGAUUUUGGCAUGUUUACUGACUACAAGGAUGGCCGAUCCUAUGCGCUCUACUCAAACGGGGACAGUGUGGAUGGGCGAGAUGUGUACAUCUCAAGUAUGAACAAAAAUCUCACGGCACUCGAAAAGACCGUGUAUCGGUUCCCAAAAUUUGAUCUUGAGGCGCCCUCUAUCAUGCAGACAGACAAAAGCUACUGGGCAUUGAUGAGCCACAAGACUGGAUAUAGGCCUAACAACGUGGUGGCAUUCCGCGCCGAUUCAUUGAGUGGUCCUUGGUCCCAACCAUUCAUUGUUGCGCCAUUGAACACGCGCACUUUUAAUUCGCAAUCUGGAUUCACGCUGAAAAUAAAGGGAACAAAGAAAACAACAUAUCUCUACAUUGGAGAUCAGUGGGACUCGAACUCUGUUUGGGAUAGUCGCUAUAUCUGGUUGCCGAUUCAGGUUGACGAGAAGAGCAAGCGUCUAUCAGUGGAAUGGCACGACGUUUACGACCUUGACGUAAAAACCGGUGAAUGGAAAUCAAUCAAGGGAAAGACUUACAGUGCGAAAGAUGCGACGAUACAGGGCGAUGCAUAUAAGCAGGAGGCUAACUUCGCCACCGAUGGGGUAAUCCUCACUGGAAUAUAUGGAAAUGACAGUACAGUCACGUUUGAGAACAUUGAAGGCUCCGGAAAACCUCAAUGGGUGUCAUUUUACUACCAAAAUACCGAUGAUAUGGGUUUCGGCGACCAACCUGGAGGUACCCCGGACAGAAUCGGCGGUUCGUGGCAACUUCGUAGGAUUAGCAGCGUGGUGGUCAAUGGAGAUUCGACAAACAUAGAGACCCUAUACCAGAGAGACACGCACAAAGGGAUAAUUCUCUCCACUCCACUACAGCUGACACUGAAGAAGGGAACUAAGAACAAAAUCACCAUUGGUGGUUUAUAUAAUGGGUUUGAUAACAAAGGCGCGGAUUUGGAUCGGAUAGUUGUGUAUCCUGCUGAGGAUUGA